GGUCAUGCUUGGGCCAUGAAUUCUCUCUUGUUAAAAAAAUAUGAAACUUUUUGUGUAUAUUUUGUUGCUGUGUGUUUGGUUUACUUAAAAAAAAAGGAUGAGAAAGAUUGCGAUAUAUGUGGAGUCGAGAUUGCAGAUGGAGCUUCUGCGGUCAAUGAACAUCCUUUCAAAAGAAGCACUGCUUUUCUUCUUGGUAAUGAGCGAUCAGGUUUAUCAGCCAAAGAGUAUGAGAUAUGUGACUUCUUUGUGUACAUUCCUCAGUAUGGCUGUGGCACUGCCUCCUUGAAUGUCACCGUUGCUGCUUCUAUCGUCUUGCAUCAUUUUGGGGUUUGGGCUGGAUUUUCUGAACGUGUCCGAGAUGGAAGCAAGUUUAUAGUUGCGGAUAGACCCUUAAGGCAAGGGAAACGGAAUAUCUGUGCUGGUACUGAAGAAUCCAUCGUUGAAGAGCGCAAGUUGAGGAAAGAAAAUGCGGAAAAUGGGUUCUUUGAUGAAGAUGGAAACGGGAAUUCAUCAGAGUCAUCAUCAUCUGAGCUUUUAAACGGUUUGUUCCUAAACGAAUAAUCGUCUUUGUAAGAAGAACAAAGUCUUUGAUUUGGGUUCAUAAAAGAUCAAAAGCUCCUCACACUUGUUAGUUCCUUAGUUACCAAAGCCUCUAUGAUCAUUGUUUUGCAAGUAGAGAAAGCUGAUUACAAGAAGUUAGUCGCUUGAUCUUGAUUUGUUGUUUUACCUUUUUGUAUGAGUAGAUGGUUUCAGGUGAAAGAAUCUCUUUGCUCACCUCUUUACAUUAAUCUUCUUCUUAACAAUUCCCACUAGAUAUGUGAUCAAUUUAU